CAACAAUAAAUAAAUGUUAAUGUACCUAGAUUUUAUUCCCUUUUAUAUAGUUUAAGUCAUAAAAGUGGCUUAAAAGUAGUUUUAAGUAACCUUUUUGCACUUUUUAUAACCUCUACUCAACAGGUUCUUCUUUUACCACAAGAAAUUAACUCUAAUUUCAUCUCCAAGCAUUGCCACCUCUCAAAAUGUACACAUCUUUGAGUAUUUGUCAAAGAUUCAACCGUCUUAUAGAAAACACAGAAGAUGAAGAAAUACCAGCUGUAAGAGAAGAAAUUAACUACUUAUUUCCCACAAAUGAUUCUCAAAAGACUCCUCUACAAGAUAAAUAUGCCACAUUGAAAGGCAAACGCUUUUGCUAUCGACAUUUUGACAAAAUCUCCAAAGUUUUCUAUUCAAUUGCAAUGAAAUAUCACAGACAAGCUGAAGAUUGUCUAUUAUCAGACAAUUCAGCAUCAAAUAUCACUGAAAUACACAAGUAUAUCAUAGAUUUACUCACUAUACACAGACAUUCCAAGAUUCACAGAGUUGGAGUGAAUAAAUCAACCGAUAAUGAAGGAAAUGCAAAUCUUUUGAUGUACAAAGACUCAUUUUUAAAGUUUACUGAGUUACCUGCAAAUGCCAUGCAGAAAUUAACAUCUGGACUUGUAAAUAAAAGACAGGACAAUGCAAUAAAGAGUUACUUUCAUCUAAUGCUAGAUGUAAUGUGGCUGCUUCUCACUGUGAAGGAAAAUGUUGAAAGUAAAGUGAAUGCGAAUGAAAUCAUUGAAAUAAUGCAGGAAAUACAUUAUGUUAUGUACAAAUGUUAUGAGAAAUGCAACAAGUAUAUUGUUCCAUGUGGAUGUUUGAAGGUUUUCUGGCUGAGAAUGCAAUUAUUCUGUGAAGAAUUGAGUAUUUCCUUCUGGGAAGCGUUUAAUUCAUCAAUGGUAUGCUACAAUGAAGAAUUUUCGUUGUCUACGCUGAAAUUCUUGGCGGAAUUACAGUGUUAUUCAAGAGAUGGUACAUUUAUAGGCUCACACUGCCAUAGGAUACAAGAAAACGUUGAGUUUUUUAAUACUAAAUGGAGUUUAUUGAUGAAAAACUGUGAAAAAAGUAAAUUAUUCAACAUUUUGAAGCACAUUGAGAGUUUAAUCAGUGAUUUAUGGCUGAGUUACGGAAAACUAGAGUUCUAUUACCUCACCUGGGAUUAUUACAACAAAACACUUGAAGAAAUCAUUGAAUUACGCACGUUUCCAGUGAUUUUACAAGAAAUAGAGCAUAAUAACACAUUUGGCGAUACAAAGCAACAAAAUGGUUACUUAAUCUUCUUAAGAAUGCUCAGGAAACACUUAUUAAGACAUCCACAUCAUUGGAACAAGUUCAAAGGAAGAGUUUACACGAAAUUUCCGCCUGUAAAGUUCCAGAAAUUAAGCUCACAAGGCUUACAUAAUCUUGCUCUGCUGUUUUUUGCGCUGGGAGCUGUCAAUUUCGAUGAAACCACACAGAAAUUCCUUGGACUAUUAAAAGACCUUCCUGUAAACAAACAAAACACUCCAGAAACAUGGAAUAUCUACAUUUUUAUGAUGAAGCAACAUUUGGACAAUCAACGUGCACUCACACCAGUCCACACAGUAUUCAACACAUUCCUGGAAGAAUCAUCACGAAAUCGUAAUAGUUAUUCACUUGUAACACUUUUCGCCAACAAUCUAUCAUCAUUCUUUCGUUGUGAUGAUUUAACACUCAAACAAUCACUGUUAAUCGGUGCGUGGUUAGAGAAUUACCUCAAAUUUUGCUCACAGAAUGAACUUAUUAGUCUUCUGAACACUUUAACAAUGAUUAUUGAUCGUACAGUUGAUGCAGGAGUCUGGUACGAGUAUCAAAACGUGUUUGUUACACAUGUUUUAUACACAUUGAAACGUUUAACAAUCAAUCAAUCAAUCAUCGGAACUGUUUGCGGAUUGAUUAUUGCUCAUUCUGAAGGAUUGGAUAAUAUAGUUGAACAUUUUGUCAGUGAAACAGUUCCUGGUGAUGUAAUGAUGUCGUUUUUUAUGACUUUGAGGAGGAAAUCCACGUUUACAUCAUCAGAAAAACGUGAAUUUCUCACGUUAAAGGCUUGGUUCUUGUCGAGUUUCAUUGGCGUUGAAAAUCAAUGUUUAACUAACGAAAUAUUACAAUUAAUGCGUUUACAAAACAAUACAGAUGAAGAUCAAUCACCUUUUGAAAGGAUUUUGUAUGCGAUUGACUCAAAAACACUUUUAUCUUGUUUGAAAGACUCUGAGAAGUUUUUCGCUAAGAAUUUAAACUUAAAUGUUUACACAAACAUGGCGCUGGUCUUCCAUGCACGUGGAGAUGUUUUAUAUAUAAGAACAGCAGCCACUUGUUAUUUAUCAACGUUUAUUGAUCAGUUUCUGUUGCCUGUUGAGGUUCUACGUGGUUCAAAACCAAGUUUUCUGUCAUAUGUUGAGAAAACAUGGCAUUUAUUCAUGAUUGCGCUGUGGCAACUCAACACACAGGAAACAGAUCCUUACUUGGAGCGUUUAAUCAAAGAUUUAACACUGAGAUACAUUCCACAUUUCUGUAGCAAGCCAACUGUUGUUGUAAAACUUACAAAUAAUGAAUUUUUAUGUGAAUUUGUGUUUAAAAAGCUUGCAAGUGAGUUUUUUGAGUUGAACAGAUCAAGACACAUUGGUGAUGAAACAGUUUUCAAAGCCCUGAAUACAAUUAAUACAAUUUUGGAUGAUUUUUUGUUUGAGGGUGUGAAUUGUAAGAAGAAGAUGAUUGUUAUGUUUGCAAGGAGGUUCUUGUUGGCUUUGUAUGAAGUUUACAUGUUUAAGAAUCACAAAGUUAUUGUUAUUGAUAUUGUUAAGAAGUUGGCAGCGUUGAGGGGUGCACAUCAUGAGAUUCGUGCUGUUUUUACUGAGAGUUUGAUGAGUGUGGUGAAGAAACACUUGGCGUUUAGUACUAAUCAGUAUUUUCAGAUGAUGUAUGUGCUUGUGAAGAUUGUUGGGGAUGUUGUGAAAGAAUUGUUAGGGAGGAUUCGUGAAGAGAUUUCUGUGUUGGAGUGUAACAGGGGGCAAGGGUUUGAUAAUCAUUUGAGGCAGAGUUAUGAUAAGUUGGUUAAACUCUGUUGAAAGUCAUGAUGUUUUGUAUUUUUUUUACUGCAACUUAAAAAAUAAGAAGUAAAGAUGAAUUUUAACAAAAUAUGACUUGUUUUUAAUAAAAGUUGGAUGUGAUUA